GGCACUGACUGGCAUCACUGCUGGGCACUGACUGGCGGCACUGACUGGCACAACCCCUGGGCACUGACUGGUGGCACUGACUGGCAGCACUGCUGGGCUGCACUGGUGGGUGGCACUGGUGGGCAGCACUGGUGGGUGGGCACAGGUGGGUGGCACUGGUGGGCACAGGUGGGUGGGCACAGGUGGGUGGCACUGCUGGGCACAGGUAGGUGGCACUUCUGGGCACAGGUGGGUGCACAGGUGGGUGCACUGCUGGGCACAGGGUGGGUGCAGUGCUGGGCACAGGUGGGCGGAGCUUGCGGGUGGCACUGCUGG